AUGUUGUAUGGAAGAAAAUGCAGGUCUCCACUGCAUUGGGAUGAGUUGGGAGAGAACAAACUCCUAGGGCCAGAUGCAGUUCAGCACACCAACGAAGCUAUUCAGAAGAUCAGGGCUAGAAUGAUCACAGCUCAGAGCAGACAGAAAUCUUACGCAGACAUGAAGCGGAGGGACAUUGAGUUCGAAGUGGGUGAUCAUGUGUUUCUUCGAGUGACACCACGAAAAGGACUCUCAGUGAAGAGAUUUGGUAAGAGAGGGAAACUAAGUCCUAGAUAUGUUGGUCCAUUUCAGAUAUUGGAUAGAGUGGGCAGUGUAGCUUAUAGAAUAGCUUUACCGCCAUCAUUAUCUGGGGUGCACAAUGUAUUUCAUGUAUCUCAACUCCGGAAAUAUGUGUCAGACCCAUCGCAUGUUUUGAGCUAUGAAACACUGGGUUUGCAGGAAGAUUUGUCCUACAAUGAACGUCCGGUCAAGAUUCUUGAUCAAAAAGAUAGAAUUUUGAGAAAUAAGACAAUUGCCUUGGUGAAAGUCCUAUGGAGGAACAGCGUGGUUGAGGAAGCUACUUGGGAGCUAGAGUCUGAUAUGCGAGAACAAUAUCCAGAAUUAUUUGAGUAA